UCGGUGCGCCACUUUCCAAUCAUCGCGACUCAGUCCAUCCCCAUCGCAUACAGAAUUUGCAACGCCGCAGAAAACAGAAAAUUAACUUUUAGUGGUUUGUUCUACCGACGAAUUGCUUAAAGUUAAUAUAUAUUUUAAGUUGAAAGUGAAAAUAGUGACUUAGUCACGAGAAAAAGUUCUCAGGCAGCCCCAUAAUUGCAAGAGCAUAACGCACCCGCUCAUGAGUAGUCAUAGAGACGGACCCGGAGCUGAACUCGAUCGCAUCACAGUCAAAAUCCACAACAUGAAACGCAGCGCCUCGCGCUCCCCAGGCCCUGGACCAGGCAGAGGCAACCUGCCUCCCAGAAACUCUAGGAGUAUGGGACGUGGCUACGACAACGGCAGCGGAGUGCCGGGCGACUCCCCCGAACGCAUCUCUCCGGAGCGCAUGCGACGCCGCUUGGAUCGGUCGCCGAGCCCACGUGGCCGCUACGGAUCGCCUCAUCGGGAGCAGUACAUGCGUGGGCCGCCGUCUGCAGAGCGCCCUGCCGCUUACAAGGUUUUGUGUGUGAGUGCACUGCCCCCCAAGGCACCGGACGAGUUCGUCGAGGAGACGCUGUACCGCGAGUACAAGAAAUUCGGCGACUUUAGUGUGCGCAUUGCGCACGAUCUCGAUGAGCGGGUGGCCUAUGUGUGCUUCCGCACACCCGACGAUGCUCGUGAGGCGAAGCAUCACAAGCCACGCCUGAUCAUUUACGACAAAAUGGUGAUGGUAGAGCCGGUGUACAAAUCGAUUCCACGGCCCGACUACAGACCACGCGGACACUCUAUCUCGCCGCCGGACUACGAACGUUACCACUACUCGCGGUCGCCCAUGGGGCCAGGUGGGCCAAUUGACCACCGCCGUCCUCCGAUUGAUCCGUACGAUCGUUACGGGCCACCACAUAUGCAUCCACAUGCGGUGCAUCCGCGCGAGUACCGUCCCAUGCACCACGAGUAUCCUCAUCCCCCGCGCGGUCCUCCGAUGCACCGUGGCCAUCCGCAUCAUCUGCACGGCCAUCCACCGCCCCAUCAGUAUGUUCCCAUGAGGCCCAUGGCCCCGCGGGCUCCGCAUGUUCCGUACGAGAAGCCAGAGAGCAAAAAGGAUAAGUUUCCCAACUAUCUGCACCACGUGCAGCCCGAGGAUGAUCCGCUCUCGACGCGCACCCUCUUCGCCGGCAAUCUGGAAGUGACCAUAGCAGACGAUGAGCUGCGUCGCAUCUUCAGCAAGUACGGUGUGGUCGAUGACAUCGAUAUAAAGCGGCCACCGCCUGGAACCGGCAACGCGUUCGCCUUUGUGCGCUACCAGAAUCUUGACAUGGCUCAUCGGGCCAAAAUCGAACUAUCCGGACAGUACAUUGGCAAGUUCCAGUGCAAGAUUGGCUACGGCAAAGUGACACCAGCUACACGCAUGUGGAUCGGCGGACUGGGUGCCUGGACGUCGGUGACACAGAUUGAGCGCGAGUUCGACCGCUUCGGCGCUAUCAAGAAGAUCGAAUAUCAAAAGGGAGAACCCUACGCGUACAUACAGUAUGAGACAGUGGAAGCAGCCACUGCAGCGGUCAAGGAGAUGCGCGGCUUCCCUCUGGGCGGUCCGGAGCGCAGGCUGCGUACUGACUUUGCAGAGCUUCCAGGAGCCACACCAGCGGCACCGUUCAAGACCUCCAAGCCGCCGUACGAUGAGAGUGCUCUAGAGUAUCGCCGCCCGGAGUACGAUCCUUACUAUGAGGAGGCACCUGUUUAUGCUCCUCGGGGCGGCUAUUCCCCCUAUCCGCCGCGUGGCGGUUACCGCGGUCGUGGCGGCUAUCGUGGACGUGGUCGCGGCAUGUAUCACUAUCACAACGAUGUGCACAGGCCUCCACACCCUGGCUCGCUGGGCGGAGGGCCCUCGUCGGUGCCACCACCAGGCGGAGCGGAUGAUGAGUGGCGUCGUCCACCGGGCGAAUCGUACGAUCGGACAGCGCGUUCAAUUUCACGCGAACCUGGCGUUGAGCGUUCCCGCUCCCGUUCGCCCCUCAAGCGUGGACGUUCUCCAGGCUCCGACUCGGACACAUCGACGCGUCGCAACGAUGCACUCGGCACGGCCACCACAGUGCCAGAAGUGGCGCGCAAGUGCGGCACGGUAUGGACAGGAGCGCUAAUUCUAAAGAGCUCUCUCUUCCCGGCAAAGUUCCAUUUGACAGACGGCGACACGGACAUCGUAGAGUCUCUGAUGCGGGACGAGGAGGGCAAGCACAACCUCCGCAUCACCCAGAGGCUGCGCCUAGAUCCUCCCAAGCUGGAUGAUGUGCAGAAGCGCAUCGCCUCCUCAUCGGCACAUGCCAUCUUCAUGGGUCUGGCCGGAUCCACGGUGGACACCAAUUGCGAUGACACAAGCGUUCAGACGCGUCCACUGCGCAACCUUGUGUCCUACCUGAAGCAAAAGGAGGCGGCUGGUGUGAUCUCCUUGCUGAACAAGGAGACCGAGGCGACAGGAGUUCUGUAUGCCUUCCCCCCCUGUGACUUUUCCACAGAGUUGCUGAAGCGCACAUGUGUCAGCCUCACCGAGGAAGCCCUCAAGGAGGAUCAUCUCGUCAUUGUUGUGGUGCGCGGUGGCACGGCCUAAGUUGGAUGGGGCAGGGAUGGGGGAGAAGAGCGAAAGUGCUGGACAAACUGCGAGGUAAAAGCUAUCCACAGGGCUCUAUGGAGUAAACUCCCCAUCACAACGUAACUAUUAAGUAGAGAACCUAAUGUAUCUAAGAGUCCCUUAGAUGGGGGAGACGACAUACACGCAAGGGUCGUGUAUGUGGUGGACAUCAAGACAUACAGACAUCCUAGACAUCACACAUCCAUACACAUAAAACACAUUCGAUUCACUUGGCCAUAGACAUAUGUUAUACACCCAUGCACCGCCCCCGUAGAGAAGACCCGGAGAAUCGAAAAGACAUCCCCCAUUACCAGUAAUAGUACCAGUACCAGUAACAGUAACACCCCAUAACCCCAAUUAAUUAAUCAAUUAUUGUUCUUUUUGCAGUUCUUUGAGAGGCGACCUGAUCCCUUAUGGUUUCUUAAGAGCUCUCUCAAUGUGUUAGUGACAGUGUACAGUUGUGCUUAAAAAGUUUGUGGAACAAAAACCACAGGAAAAGUUUUUAAAUUUCUAUCUGAAACUAAAGAGUUAACUUCUUUUUUUUUUAAUUUGUAAUUAUAUUUCAUAAAGUGUCUAAUUUCAGUAUGAAACUCAAGAUAUCUAUCCCCUGCGAAACCAUUCAGAAAAUGUUCAACGAGUGCAAACCAAAAAAAAGAAAGUUUUGUGUUUUUUUAUAAAAUUCAUCCCCAUUUCGAGUUGUGUUAUUUUCAAUAUCCGGCUAUGGAAAGUUAUAGUUUAAGAACUUAAAACAACAAGUGCGACAAGUGUGCACCCUUAUUAUCAGUCUGAUUUGUCGACAUUAGAUUCGACCAACGGCAGAUUUUAUUUCUGAAGAAGAAGAUGGUAAAGUGUCCUCCGAGUUGAUGUCGUUGCCUUUGUGCUUGGUGCUUGGUGCAGUGCAGCAGUUUCUCCCUGUGCAAAAAGUGUUUUAAAUAAAACAAUUAUUUGAA